GCACCCAAAAAGGGUCGAUCAUCAGGACCCUAGCUUUGAGUACUUCUAUACGUUAUAUAAGAGCGUCGAGAGCCCCUUUCUCACCGAUCUCCUUCAAGUGUAUGCGAGGGAGGUGCUCCUGCUGCCUAUGUAAACAUUAGCAAUUAGUUAUGGAAUCAUGCUAGCUAGCUCUCUAGACCAGCCACAAAAUUAUAUCAUUUGAUCAGUCUUGCUAAGGCCGGAAAUGGGAGACCUCUUUUCAGCAGGCACCAACAGCUACCUGGUUAUUAUGAUCUGGUCAGUAUUGUUCGUAUUAUUUGUUGCAAGAUUUCUGCGGAAGAUCAAGGAAAAGAAGGUGGUAGGAUCAAGAAUAUACAAGUUGCCACCGGGAAGAAGAGGCUGGCCGAUAGUUGGUGACAGCUUCGAAUGGUACAAUGCUGUUGCAAGUUCUCAUCCCCCGCAGUUUGUUGAACAACAAAUCAAAAGGUUUGGGAAGAUAUUCUCCUGCUUUUUAUUUGGAAAACGGUGUGUGGUAUCAGCAGACCCGAGCUUUAACCGGUUUGUAAUGCAAAAUGAAGGUAAAUUGUUUCAGUCCAGCUAUCCAAAAUCUUUCAAAGACUUGGUAGGGAAAAAUGGUGUGAUCACGGUGCAUGGUGAGCAACAGAGGAAACUCCAUAGCAUCGCCUCCAAUAUGAUGCGUCUUGAUAAGCUACUUAAAAUUAAUUUAUUGGAUGAUAUUCAAAUGGUUAUCACUCAAGCUUUGAGCAAUUACCCAACCAAUCAGCCAUUACUUCUUCAGGAUCUUUGUAGAAAGUUGGCUAUACAUCUUAUGGUUAAUCAACUAUUGGGAAUUUCGAGUGAGUUAGAGAUUAAUGAGAUGGCUCAGUGUUUCUCCGAUUUCGUUGAUGGUUGUCUCUCCGUUCCAAUCAACUUGCCCGGCUGUGCUUAUCACACUGCCAUGAAGGCAAGGGAGAAAAUCAUAACCAAGAUAAAUAGGAUAAUCAAAGAACAGAGAGAAGGUGCAACGGAAAUAGGUAAUGGCGUGCUUGGAAGAAUACUGGAGGAAGAAAGCUUAGGUGAUGAGUCUGUAGCAGACUUCAUUAUCAAUCUUCUCUUUGCUGGCAACGAAACAACUGCUAAAACAAUGCUAUUUGCAGUCUAUUUCCUUACCCAGUGUCCCACAGCAAUGCAACAAUUACUGGAUGAACAAGACAGUCUCAGAAGAAGCAAACCUGUUGGAGAAGAAAUGCUUACAUGGCACGAUUAUAAAGCAAUGCCUUUUACUCAGUGUGUCAUUGAUGAAACACUUCGACUUGGAGGAAUUGCAAUUUGGUUACUAAGGGAGGCAAAAGAAGACGUUGAGUACCAAGACUAUGUUAUUCCCAAAGGAUGCUUUGUCGUUCCAUUCCUCUCAGCAGUUCAUUUGGAUGAAAAUGUGUAUAAUGAAGCCCUCGCCUUCAGUCCUUGGAGAUGGAUGGACAGUGAAAAUCAGGAGAAAAGAAAUUGGAGAAGUAGCCUAUACUUUGCACCCUUUGGAGGAGGACCUAGAUUUUGUCCAGGAGCUGAGUUGGCUCGCCUUCAAAUUGCCCUUUUCCUCCAUUACUUUGUCACAACAUAUCGGUGGACCCAACUUAAAGACGAUCGUAUGUCCUUCUUUCCCUCGGCUCGUUUAGUGAAUGGCUUCCAAAUCGACAUAACUAGACGACAUGAUUGAACAAGCUAGUAGCAAUGCAGAUGAUCGAGGUGCAAGAUUAGAUUAGUACUCUAUAUUCUUAUGUGUUGUUCGACUUUUUAUGAUUUUAUAUGAGUAUCUAUUUUACCUUGCAAUACGUGAAAAUUGCUGUAAAAAAUAAUUUAUUAUGGUAUACUGUACCAAUUACUUCGUA